AUACCCCCAAAUAUCCUCAAAGGUUUCCCAGUGAAUUCCGAGCAUUCACAGUGCCUGUGGUUUCCUGCGGGCAGUUCAGUGUGUGAAGUGGUUGUUUAAACAGCUGAAGGAUUUGCCAUAGUACCAGGAUGUACAACAGGGGCAGUGAAAUCAGCAGUGAGGAUCAGAAUAAUCCCACAGGACAUCCGGGAAAUGAUGAUGAAUCGGGAAAUAGCGAGAGAGAUUGGGAAAUAUUCAAUGUUCUUUGCAGUGAUCAAGUUCCGGACCCACCAUGUCCAGCAGCCCUCAGUGGAGAUCAUCUGCACUCCCUGGACUUGGUCACCACUCUCAGAAGUGAACUCGCAGCCUCCACUUACAAGAGGGAUCGACUUCUGGGAGAUCUGUCUGAGACCAAGACCGCUCUUUGUGCAAAAGAAAGCGAGUGUGAAUCCCUCAGGGCUCAGACUGCAAGACAAUCUGCUAUGAUUGCAUCCCUUCAGGCUCGCCUCCAGGCUUCAGAAACCAGGGAACGAAAUGCUCAAACUCGGAAUGAGACUACCGUUUCGACUUUUCAGCGUGAUAAGAGAUGCCUGGAGGACAAAGUAAAGGAACUUUGUGCCAAGAUCCGUCGCCUGGAGUGCGAUCUGAGUGCUGAAGAAGCUAGCAAGGAUCAAGCUAAGACUAUCUUUCAUGAUCUUCUCCGUCGCCUCUGUCUGUGUCUGGCUAUUGAUAUCUGCGACAAUGCCUCCCUUUCGCCGGAUGUUGUUCUCACAAAAGCUGGAGAGAUUGUCACCGAACUCCAGCGUCUUCGAAAUAAAGUCACAGCUACUUGUGAGACUCUGACGAAUACGGAAUCUGAGCUUUUGGCGGUCAAAAACACUUCCACGUCGGAGAGGCAAAGGAUGCAGUCUCAGACUGAUGCCCUGAAGUCCCUGGCUGAGGAUUUGGAGUCUAGGAAUAGACAGCUAGAGAAGGAACUGCAUAUGACCAGGGAUCGACUUACGGACAAUGAGCUCUGUGGAGAUAAAUUGAGGGAAGAACUUCGAGGGUUUGAGUCCCGUUGUGGUCGACUCCAGAACAAUCUGGACCGCUUCCAGGGAGAUCGCUUGCAAUUUUUAAAGCAUGUAGCGAAUACCAUUGGAGUUCCUGAACCAUGCGAAACUCUAAUUAAAGAUAAGCUCAGGGAGAUUGUAGGGCACAAUCAGCAACUCCAUGCGCAAGUUGAGAAUUUGAGGGAGCAGAUCUCCAUGGAAGGAACACGGCAUCGGGAGGCUGAGGAGACCACCACAUGCCGGUUGAGGGCAGAAGAGGCUCAGAGAUGUUCCAUUGAGGAACGUCUUGAGAAGGCUCAUGCUGAUUUGCAGGCCAUGAGAGCAGAACAUACCUGUCUGGCUGAGUAUUUGGUGCGUCUGGCCAGAGCUCUGUGUUGGAGCGAGUGUACAGAGCCACCAGCUCAUGGGAAUGACACCCACAUUCUGGCUGAGAGUCUCCUGGAGAGAGCUGAGAGAAUGGCGAUCUUCUUUGAGAACCACGGAGGAUCUCACGGUGACAAGGUUAAGCAUCCCCAAAAGAAAUGUUCGCACGCAUUCUGGGAUAAUCAUUCACACAAUCAUCAUCAUCAUCUGCCUAAACUGAGACGCGAAAGAUCAUGCCAUGAUAUUCCCCUGAAAGAGAGCUCAGUGAUUUACACCCUUCAGCGUCGUGUGAGGGUCCUCCGGGAGCAGGUGCAGCGUAGAGAUUUGCAUCUAGAGCUCCUGAGGAGGAAGAUUGCUCUUUUGGAGGAUGCAGCCAGGACAAAAGCAGUUCUGCAGACGGAACGAGAUGAAGCUAUUCAUCGAGCACGUCGAAGUACCAAGAAUGCAGAGAAGAACUUCCAGCAGCUACUGGAGGUCAAAGCUCAGCUGGCUGAAGUGAAAUCCCAGCUCUCGGAAGCUGCUGACUUUAAGAUCACAGCUCUGGAGAGGUCCCGAAAAAUUGAUGAACUCCAGGCACGGCUGCAUGAUUUGGAAAGUGAGAAGUGUAAACUUCAGGGCCAGAUAUCGAACUACAAGACACGCGCUAGAUCAGCUGUGGAAUCCUCCAAUGAAAGGAGAUGCCGGGAUGAGCAAGUCAUCACUAAUCUCCGAGAGGAAAUGACAAGAAUCAAGACAUCCCUUGCGGACUGCAAUCAUCGCUUGUCUCAGCUUCAAGCCUUCAGGAGCUCUGUAGCUCGUCUCCUGCACAUGAGAGACCUUCCAGAAGCUGAUUUGUUGCAACGUCUGCAGACUCUCUGCAGUGCUCAUCAGGAAUUCACUCUCCUUUCUCGUCGAUACGAAUCUGCAUCUCCAAUUGGAGAACAUCCGUGUCCACGUUUCGACCAUGACCUCAUGCCUCCCCCUGGUCACUGCAGACCCAUCUCCAGCGCCAGUCCUCACCAUCACAGGCGCUUUGAUGAUUUCCAUGAUGAGCACUUUGAUGAUGAUUUCGACUUCGCCAAGAAGUAUUGAAACCACUUUACAAAUUCUUCAAGCAAAAUGAGCGGGAAAAUGUGGUUUAAGCCUGA